AGCUAACGCCCUUCCGCUCCAAUCCCGUUUGUCUGUAGAUGCACAAUAUCGUCAUAUCUCGUUUUAUUCCUGUCAUAUGGUCUAGUAGACUCGCUUGGCAGCCGGAAUAUAGGGCUAUCGUCCCGUACUCUCACCAUGCGCCCCGGAUUUUCUGCGCAGGUAUAAAUGAACUUUCCCCAUACCCGUUCUCCAAUCGGUUCCCGUUUCUUCUAGGAUUAAUUCUCGGAACCUUCAAGUUUAGACACCAAUAGAUCUAUAGCCAAUCGCCUGUACCCCAGAUAUGAAUCCUGCCUUUACCGGCUAUAUUACCCCAGAACCCACCGGGCCCACCAAGCCACACAGAGACCUCGUCUAAUAUGUGAAAAGAGGCAUAGACCUUGGUCUAAUCAUUCUCGGGGAAUUCUUAAUUGCGGCUUGUUGGCCUUGGUGGAGGCUUAGGGCUCCUGCUAUGUGCCUUUAGUAUAUCAUAUUCGGCAUAUCGUGACAUGCAGUGGCAUGUUAGGGUGCAUGGGUGAUGGACCAUCGCGUAUAUAUACGCGCGAUGGAGCCUUCAGGGUCGAUGGUGAAUCCACGGUACCAAACCAGGUCACCAGUAGAUCACAUCGUACACGGUUCGCGGCAACUAUAGACAAGAUGAAGUUCUCCUUAAUCGCAGCUGCGGCAUUCGCUUUGUCCGCCGAGGCUCACUGCAUCUUCCAGGAAGUCUCAGUCAACGGCCAGAAGCAAGGCUCUCUUGUCGGUCUACGUGCACCCAGCGACAACAACCCCGUCUACGAUGUGACUUCGCAAGACAUGAUCUGCCAAAAGCAAGGCACAACCUCCAGCAAAGUCAUCAGCGUAAACCCAGGCGACAAGCUCGGCGCCUACUUCGGGCACAUCAUCGGGGGCGCCCAAAUCCCCAACGACCCAGACAACCCGAUCGCGCCGUCGCACAAGGGCCCGAUCACCGCCUGGCUCGCGAAAGUCGACAACGCCGCGACGGCGAGCAAAACCGGGCUAAAAUGGUUUAAGAUCUGGGAAGACACCUUCGACACAUCGAGCAAGAAAUGGGGUGUGGACAACAUGAUCGCAGCGCAAGGGUGGGUGAACUUCGCGCUGCCGCAGUGCAUCGCGCCGGGGGACUACCUGAUGCGCGUGGAGAUCCUGGCGCUGCACUCGGCGAGGAUGGCGAACGGGGCUCAGUUCUACAUGUCGUGCGCGCAGAUCAAGGUCGGGGGCAGCGGGACGUUCGAGCCGACGUCGACGGUCAGCUUCCCCGGCGCGUACCAGAAGAACGACGCGAGCAUCGUGACGAACAUCUACGGGUUGACUGGCCAGCCUGAUAACGGCGGUAAGGCGUACAGCGCGCCGGGUAAUGUGCCUGUUAUCCAGUGCUAGAUGAAUAGGUAGGUACCUACCUGUAUCUGCCUGUACCUAGGGAGGUAGGGAAAUAGGAACGGGGAUAGGCCGAUUCGCCGGCGUUUGCUGGUAUUGAGGGGGUGGCUGUUUGGUGGCUGUCGGGAUGUUGGAUCCCGUAACAGCGCCUAUUCUUAUAGGUCCAUAGCUCUAUCACGACAAUUCCAAUGCGCGCUUUGGCUAUCCGUUGGUGUAAACAUGGGAAAAGGGGAUAUUUCAAACGCGUAACUUGAAAACAAACCCGACUCACCUAGGAGCGCCUCUCAUUUGUUGAUGCUAUUUUUAACAGAGCUGGAUCUAUUCACCGUUCGAGGUGACGAAUGAGAAAAGGGAAGGCCUGCUAAGCAUUUACCGGCUGAAGCCCUAUCGGGUCGCUAACAGGCCGACCAAAUCGGGCUGUUUGCAACGUCACGAAGC